CUUCUUUUCUUCACUCCAACCCAACAAUGGACAACUAUAGAAGAAACCCACUGAAGCCAUGGAAGAAAGGCCCUGCAAGAGGGAAGGGCGGGCCCCAGAACGCUACGUGCGAGUACCGGGGAGUUAGACAACGGACCUGGGGGAAAUGGGUGGCAGAGAUCAGAGAGCCGAAGAAGAGGACGAGGAUAUGGCUCGGGUCUUUUGCGACGGCCGAAGAGGCUGCCAUGGCUUAUGAUGAAGCUGCGAGGAGGCUGUAUGGGCCGGAAGCUUACCUCAAUCUUCCCCACUUGAGAUCCAACGUCAACCCACUCAUCAACAAAUCGCAGCACAAGUUCAAGUGGUUCCCGUCCACCAACUUCAUUUCCCUGUUUCCCAGCACCGGGUUGCUCAACCUGAGCGCCCAGCCGAGUGUACACGUCAUUCACCAACGGCUCCAGGAAUUGAAGAAAACGGAAGCAAGCUGCCAUGCUUCUUCGUCGAGCUCAUCUUCCAGUGACCCCAUAAGCGAGAUGCUCAACAUGAUGGAACAACAACCCGGGUUGGUUAAUCAAGAAACAACGGAGAAGGAACCAGACUUCUCAUCCGGGGAGAAACUAGAAAACCGUGAAGAGAAGCCUCAGAUUGAUCUAAACGAAUUCCUCCAGCAGUUGGGAAUACUUCAAAAAGAAGAUAAGUCAGACAUGCAAGACUUGUCCAAUUGUUUCCCCGAGCCAGAGCCAGAACCAGAACCAGAACCUUCACUCGGUGACAGUGAAGCCGAUGUCUUUGCUGACAAAACCUACAAUUGGGACACACUGGAAGCAAUACCAGGAACAGAAGAUAAUCAAACAGUAGACGCCAGUACCUUAUACUUACAUGAUAUCAACGAUGACCUCAGCUUUCCCCCGUCUAUAUGGAACUUCUGAAAUGAGGUGAUUUUGUUAGUUAACAAUACUCGGGUCUUAAAUUUAUACUUCUUGCUGGUGUAUGCAGCUCACAAGUCAUUCACUACAUAGCAUUUUGGUAGGGGCAAUAUCAGGGGAGAAGGAUCAAACUUAUUAUAGUCUGAGUCCUCUUGGCCUUUGAGUAUGAAAAAGGGGACGAGGAUUUUGUUGUCACUAGAUUUAAAUACGUAUAAUAAAUUAAUAAAAUAUCAUAGCUGUGA